AUGGCGCGCAACUCCGAAAAGGCCCAGUCCAUGCUCUUUCGCUUCCGCGAAGCGCAAGCAGCAGACCUGGGCAUCAUCGACGCCGGCCGCACGCGCCGUCCCAAGCGCAUCACCGAGGUCGAUUCGAUCCCCUCGUGCGAGAAGUGGCGCGGGCAGGUGCUGCGCGAGAUCUCGCGCAAGGUGUCGCGCAUCCAGGAGCCCGUCCUCAGCGACUACCAGAUCCGCGACCUCAACGAUGAGAUCAACAAGCUCAUGCGCGAGAAGCACAUGUGGGAGGUGCAGAUACGCAACCUAGGCGGUCCAAACUACAUGCGCGGCGGCGGACGCAUCUACGACGAGCAAGGGCGCGAGAUACCCGGCGGCGGCAAGGGCUACCGCUACUUUGGCCGCGCCAAGGAGCUGCCCGGCGUCAAGGAGCUGUUUGAGGCGGCGCAGAGCCGGGGCAAGGAGGACAAGCCGCUCGAGGAGAGCAAGGACCUGAGACGCAACGUCGAUGCCGCCUACUACGGCUACGCCCCCGGCGAGGAGACGGACGAGCUGCUACGCUACGAGGCCGGCAAGGAACGCGAGGCCGCCGCCAACCUCAUCAAGAACGGGCUUGGCGAGCCACCCGACGGCUGGACCUCUCUGCCCGGCGACACAGACGGCGAGACAUGGUUGCUGCCAACCAUGGAGGAGGUACAGGAGGAACUUCUGGAACGGCGGCGGCAGAAGCUGCUGCGGCAGUUGUGA